ACGGUUUACCAGUGAACUGUGGCAAUCCACUGCUGAACAGAUGGGCACCAAACUCCAAAUGACUUCAGGUAAUCACCCUGAGUCAAAUGGCCAAGCCGAACAGAUGAACCAGGUAGUACAGCACCUACUUCGGCAUUAUAUCAAGCCAAGUCAGGAUGACUGGGAUGAGAAGUUACCUCUCGCCGCCAGCCUGUACAAUAACGCUGUGCAUAGUACUACCGUAUUUCUGGUUUGGUGCGUGUUUUUUCUUGCUGACUGGGCUUUUGAAUGGGACGGACGCAUAAGAGUGAGAGAUGCUGCGGAGUGUAUUGUGCUGUCCCGUGCUCUGCGCACGGAACAUGUGCAUAUCGAUGCUGAUCUGGACAAUGUGCUGGCAGUCCAAGAGAAGCUUGUUUUCCAACAUUCCAUAUUGGAGUUUGCAAUGAAGGUUUAUGACUACUUCAGCACAGCUGUCAACUACCUGAUUCUCCUUGUGCCGAUUUUUGCUGGUGCAUUUGCUGAGGCGACGAAGGAUGACGCGGGCAAGGUUGCACAGCUGAUUAGCAACUCGUCCUUUGCGACGUUACAGCUGAUGUACGGCUUUUCCAUGCUGAUAGACGCAUCCAAAUAUGCAUCCGAUGUGGCUGGUCAUGCCUCAAGGGUUGCUGAGCUGUUCGAAGCCUUGGGAAUCAUACAGGAGGGAACGAAGAACACCGAAUCUGUGGCACGUGCAAACUUGUCAGAAGCAGGGCCCGCCAAGCGACUUGGCACUGGGUCCGUAAUUCAUCCUCGUCAGAGUCGUCACAAGAAAGGGGUGGAAAAGGCUGCGCCAGCUGACCACUGUCGCUUGUCAUCAGAGAUAUGGACCAAGUCCAACCAACUUGCUGAUGCCCCAGGAGGGCUCACAUCAUCGCCCUCAGGAGGCUCCAAACUGCAGUGUACAGUGGAAGGAGUCCAGAGGGUCAGAGCUGACCACCAAAAGGACUUGAGCACAGGCACAAGACAAACUGUCAUGGAGGUGAGGGGAAGGAGCAUUGCUUUGCAGGAGGAGCAGACAGUAGACUGGACAAUGGUACGCGCCCCAACUAUCUUCCAUCUAUGCGGAAGAGAUGACUGGCUCGAGUACUCUAUCCACAGAGUGCCACGCGAGUUGUAUGCGCUUCUCGUGGCAGUGUUCCCUGGCAAAUGGCCUGAAGAUAUGCUGGUUAUUCCCACAUUUCAGUGCGGAGAGGUCGACCUUUGUAUCCCCCCAGUGAAAAGGGGGAAGGGGGAAGGCGCAGCAGAUGACACAGACGAAGUUGAUGAAGGUUUCGGCAAAUUGUGUAUGCGUGUAGGUGAGGACAUGGAUAGGAUGCUGGGGGUUUUUCUCAGGUGGCAAAGUUCCAUCUGUGGUUAUCUUCAGAGCAAAGGCUACUGGGCCGACUCAGUGGACCCUAGCUCAGGGUAUGCUCUUGCACCAAGAGGAGGAUGGGGAAACACCACCAGCAGUACUCACCAGCAGGGACACGCCGGAUCCCAGCAGGACCCAUUGGUUGAAAAACGCAUCAUGGAGAAGCCACCCCAAGAGCACUGGGAGAGCAAACUCUGCUACAGUGAAGUUUAUGCAGCCAGGGUAUUACUUGGCUAUGAGGUUCAGCAGGUAGGAGCAUGCCCAGUUGUUGUUCACCCUAGGUUUGGCACAAGGGCAUAUCCUGCCUCUCUUGUGACAACAGCACCCUUAGAACCCCUGUUGGAAGCCAUAUCAGCAGCAAGGGAUGGCUUUUCUGGGCAGAUGGAAGCAGAGCCCGAGCUGGUAUCUGCUGGGGACAAAAGUAGUGCAGAGGGAGGAAAGGGGGUUGGGCAGGAACACAAGAAGGAAGACGAGGAGGAGGAGGAGAGUGGUGAUGAUAAAUCCUGGGUGAAAGUUGCGGGCCACAGCGAGAUAAUGCAAGAGAGCUGGGAUGUGAAUGAGAAGCAGAAGCCAUGCCUUGUCAUUCCUGAUAACAGCAUGCAGAUUGAGAAUCCGUCUUUUGCAGAGCAAAGGCUUCUAGACCAAUGUCCCAUCCUUCCUCCCUAUAAUUUGUCGCGUGGGAAGAAUACAAGUGGCCUUGGCAGGGAACAGGUCCAUGAUGAUGCACUGGACGAGGUCGAGAAGGAAUUGCUCAUGAGGGCUUCUGCAAUGACAAUCAAGCAAUCAACUACAGGAGAGAAUGGGAAAGUUGAGCAGGGAAGUACAGCUGCAUUGAGCGUGACCACGUCUCACAUGAUGAGACAGGAAACAGCAAUCAGUGGAGAUCGGCAGACUGCCAACGACCAGGACGUGCUUGUCAUCAAGGAGAUGACCUGCAGUAUUCCUGACAGUGGUAGAGUUAUUGUGAAGGACCUGACUGUGAGGCUUCAGCAGGGAGAGUCUCUUCUGGUUAUGGGACCGAGUGGAUGUGGGAAAACGACAAUUGUGAAAGCCAUCGGAGGAAUAUGGCCAUUGGAUGCAGACUCCUGCAAAAUCCUCAACUCGGAACGCACAAUGCGCUACCACGACGUGACUUUCUUCAUUCCAAUCGGAAUACAGGGAUUGAAGAUCAGCAUGUUGAAGGACACGUCAGCAGGACACGUCAGCAGGACACGUCAGCAGGACACGUCAACAGGCCACAUCAGCCGACAACAGUGCCACGUCUGCAGCAGGGAGUACCACGUCAGCAGGCCCCCAACCUGGUCUAUGCUCACGCGCUCGCAAACAGCCAUUAUGGACCAGAAGUCCGGGGAAACGGACGAGGCCUAUCAGGCCCGGAUGCUGCUUCUGAUUACAGAAGCUAAGCAACGGUCGGAUGCAAAGAAGAAGGCAAAGGGCGCCGAGAAGGCACAUCUGUUGGCAAUUGAACAGCAGCGCCAACACGACGAGGCAGCAGCAAAGGCUGCCGAUGAAGAACGAGUCCAACGUCGCGAGAAGAUAUUCAGCGGAGAGCAAGCUUUGCUCACAAUGGCAGCGGAUUGGCGGAGCGAGGCCGAGAAUGACAAGAUGGAAGAUAGUGAAAACAAGAUCGCUCUACUCCUCUCCCAUCUCACGGACCUCCUGGCAACAUGCAUUACACAGCAAGAGGACAUCCACACCCUCGACGACGCGUUGACUCAAGUCCACGCCAGCCUCCAGCAACUGGAGCAGCGACCUGUCGCCGCCCCCGUUGUCAGCUCUUCCAACACCUCCGAUCGCCUUGAGGCAUUGGAGAUUGACGUUGGCUCCCUCAAGGACGGCGUGCAGUUACACCAAACCGCAACGCAACAGUUGGAGCAGCGGAUCUGUACUGCUGCCAACCACUCGAGCUCGGAACUGGGCGAGACAGCUCCAAAGUUCGACGGGCAGGAGAUCUUCUGCGACUCGAUGAAGACAGAUCCGAUUUCAUGGUUCCGCAAGUUUGAGCUCACACUGCAGCUACACUACGUCAAAGAACACAAGCACCACGGGUACUUGUACUCCCGGUUGGGGGGCGCAUGCCAAGCAUGGUUGGACAAUCUCUUGUCCAAGUACGGAGUGGUAGCUGCCGACUUGCAUACCAAGAUCAACUGGGAUGAUCUGAAGGCGGCGUGGCAUAAGAGGUUCCAAGUAGAGUCAUGGGAGAUCAAGGCAAUGGACAAUCUGAUGGUUUUCGAACAAGGCACGUACGCCGCCGCCACGGAGGCUUAUUUCAGGUUCUGCGGCUUUGGGAUGAUUUAUUUUCAAGUCUGGAGACUGCCGCGGUGGUCUGUCUCAGGCCCGGAACCUGGACGGCAGGUUAUUCCAGGUUUGGUGCUAUCACAGUUUGCCGACAUCUUCGAGUCACCUACCGGUGUGGUGCUAGAUCGGCCGGUCUCUCACGAGAUCAUUCUUGAGGCCGGUGCCAUGCCACCGAAAGGUUGCAUUUAUCGCAUGAGCGAGGAGGAGCUUACGGUCCUCCGCGCAGAACUCGAUGAUUUGUUGGACAAGGGUUGGAUCCGCCCUAGUAGCUCUCCAUAUGGAGCACCAGUUCUCUUCGUACGGAAGAAGAACAAAGAUCUACGAUUGUGCAUCGACUACAGCAAGCUCAACGCGCAAACCGUUAAGAAUGCGGGGCCUCUUCCUCGCAUCGACGAUCUUCUUGAGCGAUUGGGCGGCGCAAAGUAUUUUUCCAAACUGAAUUUGAAGUUGGGAUAUCAUCAAAUCUCGAUCCGACCGAACGGUCGUUACACAUCCGCGUUCAAGACGCGGUAUGGGCAUUCUGAGUGGGUGGUCAUUCCUUUUGGCCUCACCAACGCCCCGACGACCUUUCAAGCGACAAUGACCAACGAGUUCCGUGCAAUGUUGGACCGGUUCGUGCUGGUCUACUUAGAUGAUAUUCUCGUCUAUAGCCGGUCAUUGGAGGAUCAUCUUGAGCACCUUCGACGAGUGUUGGAGACCCUCCGCCGCACCAAGUACAAGGCCAACCGCGACAAGUGCGAAUUUGUCUGGCAAGAGUUGGAAUACUUGGGCCAUUUUGUCACACCGGAGGGCAUCAGUCCGCUAUCCGACAAGAUUCAAGCCAUCCAAGAGUGGCCGGAGCCACGAAACGUCACGGAUGUCCGUUCGUUCCUUGGUCUCGCCGGCUACUACCAGCAUUUUAUCAAGGGCCACUCGAAGAUCGCGACCCACUUGACCAAGCUCCAAUGCGAGGAUCGACCGUUUGACUUCGGAGAGGAGGCGCGAGGAUCAUUUUUGGCUCUCAAAGCCGCGCUAUUAUCUGCGGAGGUCUUGCGCAUAUUCGACCCGCUUUUGCCUGCACGCGUCACUACGGAUGCGUCCGGCUAUGGCAUUGGUGCCGUCCUCGAGCAACACGAUGGCGUGGACUGGCACCCGGUCGAAUAUUUCAGCAAGAAAGUGCCUGUCGUGCACUCCAUUGACGAUGCACGCAAGAAGGAGCUCCUCGCCUUCGUCCACGCACUCAAGCGGUGGCACCACUUCCUCCUUGGUCGAAGCCAAUUCCGAUGGGUAACGAACAACAAUCUGUUGGUCUUUUACAAGACCCAAGACACCGUCAACAACACCAUCGCUCGAUGGAUGGCUUUCAUCGACCAGUUUGACUUCUUUCCCGAUCACAUUUCGGGGAAGUCAAACCGAUCAGUGAAGAUGGUAGAGUGGAACGAAAGGGAGACUCAAGCUCCCAAUGUCAUUGUCCUUACUCAAACCCCACUUAUGGCCAGGGGAGGACUUCUUGCGCAGCUGAUUUAUCCACUUCUCCCUGUCGACAGAGGUGAUCUGGCCGCAGCUUUAAGUGAAACCACAGACUUUGAACUGAGGUGCCAAGGCAAGGGCGCAAGCAGAGUUGCUGCAGGUCAGCAAGAAGACAACAACAGAGGCUGCGAUGAAUAUCAGCCUUUUCUUCUCAAAGAGCAAGUCAUCCAGUGGAACCCCUGUUAUGGCAAGGAAGAUGGAGGUGGUGGUGGUGAUGGUGGUGGAGACACUACAACACAAUUGGGAGGGAGCAGGAGGCCAACUUUCUCCUCCAGCUUUUCAGGUUCUCGAUGUUGGACUCGAGAAUGGGCCCAUGGGAAAUGGGACAGAAGGCGAGUUCCACCGACUUUUCGACGAGGGUGGAUGGCUAUCCACAAGCAUCCUGAAUGGCAAGCAAAGCUCCGCAAGGUUCUGGAAAUGGUGGAUCUCAGCUAUCUCCUUCAGAGAGUUGGAGGUGAUUGGGAGGCACAGAUUGACUGGAGGAAUGCAGUGUCCCUUGGUGAACAGCAGCGUCUAUCGAUCGCGAGAGUAUUUUUCCAUAUGCCACAGCUGGUCGUGCUGGACGAAGCAACAAGUGCCCUUGGCGAGGAAAUGGAAGUAAGAAUCUUGCAUCGCACACCCUUGAUCUUUCUCCUUUAGUAUCUCUGAUCCCGCGCCCAUUGUCAAGUGCGC